CCGGGAAGCCCGGCUUUAGACGCAAUGGGAAAGAAGCAGGUGCGUCCUCCACGAGCCCUUCCACCUGUGCCAAGUGCUAAUCAAGAUGAUAUUCCACUUAGUCGUCCUAAGAAAAAGAAGCCCAAAACAAAAAACACACCAGGUAGUGCUUCUUUGGAAGGCCUUGUUCAGGCUUCUGUUCGCAGGCCAUCUGAGGGCAGUGAGCCACCAACUAAAGAAUCCACAGAACAUCCAGAAGAACCUCCUGUUCAAAGGAGACAGAAGAAGAUGAGGCUAUCUCUUGAAGUGGAGACUUCCUUAACCCAAAAGAAGACGUCUAGUUCAUCUUUAUUACGAAAUGAAAAUGGUAUUGAUGUGGAGCCAGCUGAGGAGGCAGUUGUUAAAAAACCUCGAAGGAAGACAAAGAAAACCCAGCCAGCAGAAUUACAGUAUGCCAGUGAACUGGGUGUAGAAGAUGAAGACGUAAUUACUGAUGAGCAAAGCGGCCCAGAACAACAGUCUAUAUUCACUGCGCCCACUGGCAUUAGCCAGCCUGUAGGCAAGGUGUUUGUGGAAAAAAGCCGGCGAUUCCAGGCUGCUGAUCGUUCAGAGUUGAUAAAGACCACAGAAAAUAUAGAGGUGUCAAUGGACAUGAAGCUUUCCUGGACAACCAGAGAUGUGGCACUGUCGGUGCACCGGGCUUUCAGGAUGAUUGGUCUCUUUUCUCAUGGCUUCUUGGCUGGCUGUGCUGUGUGGAACAUUGUUUUCAUAUAUGUUCUAGCAGGAGAUCAGCUUUCUAACCUCUCAAACCUUCUGCAACAGUACAAGACCUUAGCAUAUCCAUUCCAGAGUCUUCUCUACUUGCUUUUAGCUCUAAGUACAAUUUCAACUUUUGACAGGAUCGACUUUGCUAAAACAUCAGUAGCAAUCCGAAAUUUUCUUGCCCUGGAUCCAACAGCUUUAGCAUCUUUCUUGUACUUUACUGCUCUUAUAUUAUCUCUGAGUCAGCAAAUGACAAGUGACAGAAUCCAUCUUUACACACCUUCUUCUGUUAAUGGUAGCCUCUGGGCAGCAGGUGUCGAGGAACAGGUUCUCCAGCCAUGGAUUGUGGUGAAUCUGGUGGUGGCCCUUCUGGUUGGACUGUCUUGGCUUUUUUUGUCUUAUACGCCAGGCAUGGAUCUUAGUGAAGAGUUGAUGUUCUCCUCUGAUGUGGAAGAAUAUCCAGAAAAAGAUAAAGGACUCAAAGCCUCUUCAUAAUGCCAGCUCACCUUCAGUGUAGUAAUGGCCCAGUAUUUAGAAUUUUUCCUAUUCUUGUUUUUAAAUGUAUUUUUAUAAGAUAUGUACAGGUAUAUUUGGAAUUGAUUUUUUGAUUAUAGAGUACUGAAAGUUUUCUCAAGAUUAUGGAAAAUGUUAAAACUUGUAUCUGCAAUUCAUAACCAAACAUUAAUCUCUCUAGCAUUAUCAUCUUAAUGACAAAGGAGGUAAUGAGCUCGAAACCAGCAGGUGAAAGUGUUUAUUUCCUGUUUUCUCAAAUUAGUUGCAUUUAUAAUCAUUAUCUUAAAAAGCUCUUCUACAGAAACAGCCAUUACUUUAGUGUUAUAAAGUAUAUAUCAGGUUUAAACAUAAAAUUUAGGGAAUAGGAAAGAAGGGGGCAAAGACCUUUAUUUAUUUUUAAUGCCUCCUUACUGAAUAAAUUAAAAUAUGAAAUGUGUCUUUUUU